CGUUCUAUUUCGAAGUCAACCAACAUGGCGGUACAGUUGAAUUUGCGAGUUUUGCCUCGACUUUUUUCAUCUCGUUGCGGCUUGUUCUUAAAUUCUCGGAAUUGUUUUUCUACGUCACAGAGUGGUGCGCUACUGAUCGAAAAUGAGAAGUAUUCGUGGCUGAGAGAACUUGGAUUAAAAGCUGACAACCCCGGCGUCUACAACGGCACAUGGGGGGGGAAAGGAGAGGUUGUCACUUCAAUUUGUCCCUCAAAUGGACAGCCCAUUGCCCGCGUGCAACAGGGCUCCGUGCAGGAUUAUGAUGCUACAGUGAAGCUUGCUAAAGAGGCUUGGAAGUGCUGGGCAAUGACUCCUGGACCAAAGAGAGGGGAGGUUGUGCGCCAAAUUGGGCAUGCACUUCGUGAGAAACUCACACCUCUUGGAAAACUGUUAUCUUUGGAAGUUGGUAAAAUUUUCCCUGAGGGUGUUGGCGAGAUCCAGGAGUACAUAGAUGUGUGUGACUACGCCGUCGGCCUGUCGCGGAUGUUCGAUGGAAAAGUCUUCCCAUCUGAGCGUCCAGGGCACGCGCUGCUGGAGCAAUGGAACCCUGUUGGAACUGUGGGGGUCAUCACAGCGUUUAACUUCCCUGUCGCUGUGUUUGGCUGGAACACCGCAAUCAGCAUGACCUGUGGCAAUGUGAAUAUCUGGAAGGGAGCCCCCUCGACACCUCUAACCAGCGUGGCAGUGACAAGAAUUGUUGGCUCUGUUCUUGAGGCAAAUGGCUUCUCUGGUGCUGUGUCAUCGCUAGUGUGUGGCGGAGCAGAGAUAGGGGAAGCCAUUGCAAAAGAUCCCAGAAUUGAUCUAGUAUCAUUUACUGGAAGCACAGCAGUUGGGCAGAAAGUUGGAGUUGCUGUACAAGAGAGAUUUGGUAGAAAGCUGUUAGAGCUAGGUGGCAACAAUGCAAUUAUUGUGAUGGACGAUGCUGAUAUGGAUCUGGUUGUGCCGUCUGUGUUGUUCGCAAGUGUUGGAACUGCUGGACAGAGGUGCACUACCACAAGGCGAUUGAUUCUUCAUGAAUCAAUUCAUGAUCAAGUUGUCGAGAAACUUAAAAAAGCGUAUGCACAAGUCAAGAUGGGAGAUCCCCUAGACGAUGGUGUUAUCUACGGACCUCUUCAUAAUGAACAAGCUGUGGCAAUCUACCUGAACGCCAUUGAGGCAGCCAAGAGCCAGGGAGGAACAGUUGAAUGUGGAGGCAAGGUGGUUGAUAGGCCUGGAUAUUAUGUUGAGCCAACCAUUGUGACAGGCCUGAAGCACGAUGCUGAAAUUGUUCACACCGAAUCAUUUGUACCCAUUUUAUAUGUUCUUAAAUGCAAGAACUUUGAGGAAGCAGUCAGUUUCAACAAUGAAGUCAAGCAAGGUCUGUCCAGCAGUUUGUUUACAAAGGACAUGGGGAAGCUAUUCCAGUGGAUGGGACCGAUGGGCUCAGACUGCGGAAUUGUGAAUGUCAAUAUCCCUACUAGUGGAGCAGAGAUUGGAGGGGCAUUUGGCGGCGAGAAGCAUACCGGAGGGGGUCGAGAGUCGGGUAGCGACUCCUGGAAAGCCUACAUGAGACGAUCCACAUGCACAAUCAACUAUAGCAAGGAUCUUCCGCUUGCGCAAGGAAUAAAGUUCGGUUAGGUCAAGCGGCUACCAAAGGAAAUGAAGCACCGCUAGAAACAAGUUUUCGAUGGCAAACGUCUAACAAUUGCAGGCUUGUAACUCAAAAAAAUGUGUCUUAGUGUCCUAAAUUAUGAAAAGUCGAGCUAGCGUUUCGAAAGGGUUGAAUAAUAAAUUAAGUCACUUGCUAA